ACUAUCCGUACUGUAGGCGUCGAGCUGUUUUCGGAGACAGGCAGUGGCUCUUGGUCGCCGAUAAUUAAGCUCUUUAUAUUGGCUCCGUUUUUUAGGUACAUACGGUGGCUGCUGAGACUAGGGUGCCGCUUACCGAGGCUCAGAAGGCGGUAUAACGCGUGGGCUCUUUGGCUAGUGAUGUCACGGCCUGCUGUUAGCCUUUACUAUUUGGGGACAUUCAUUCUGAGCCGCCAUAAUGCGUAUCCUGCUGCAUUGCCUUAAGAACUGCUCUUCACGGGAGCUCUCACAGUGUCUGCCCUUGCCAGGUUACUUUGAAGUUCAGAAUGUUACAGAAAAAUGAAACAUAGAAAAGCAUUACAUCGUAAAAGAAGUCGAUUAUUGCUGUCACAACCAUGGAUGACACAAUUUGGAGGAUCUAAAACGUACUGUUUCUUCCAAAAAAGGUGGCCUGUCUUUUCACGCCAGAGACAGAUUAAGUUUAAUGGUAGAGUGAAUAAGGUUGGCAUUUGUAAAAGUAAAGAAUGCAGUAACACAACUCAUAGAAAAGAGAGAUGCCCAAGACUGACUGCUAUACCACAAAACGUACAGAAAUCCUUAAAAAAACAUAACUUUAAAAGGAGAGCAAUUUUAAACUUUGCAUUAAAGCCCUCUAUUCAAAGCAAGGAAUUAGGAAAUUCACAGUCCACAAAGCAUGAUGACAAUCGAAAGAAAAAGUGGAAGACCACUAGUGAUGUAUUAAGCAAUGAUCCUGUUACAUACAGUAUUGAUCAUAAAAACAUUUCGGUCUUACAAACAAAAGAAAAGCUUCAGUUGUCUAAACGUACAAAUGAAAGGAAAGGUGUGCUUGUGAUUUUUAACAGCCAUAGAAAAAUACCCUCUCAUUUAUUGAAGCAAAAAUGUUUUGGUGGUCUGUGCUUUAAGAGAAUAAACAGUUUGUUUUCUAGCAGAAAGGUACCUUUAUUUAUGAUGCAUAAAAAACUUUCUGUGUUUACAUCUUGUGGUAGAAUACAGUCCCAUAAUCUAAGAACAAUCAACAGAAGCUUUAAAUUGGCAGAGAAAAGGCAUUGGUUUCAGAACAUCUGCAGAAAUUCUCUGAGAGGCAAAAUUAACAAAGCAGCUUCUUAUUUAAAGUCAAAACUUCAGAGACCGAUACAAAAUAUAAGUAGGCUUUCCGAUAUGAACAAUACAUCAGGAAUUUUAUGUGCAAAACAACUAAGUACAUCCACCAACUGCCUAAGGGAUGAGACUGUUAAACUGCAGAAUGUCGAGAGUCAGCUUGCAGACAUUGUAACCAGCAAACCAAUAUUAAAAUACAGUCCGCCUCAGCAUCAUGAAGCAACUAUUCAGUGGCAAAAUAAUGCUCCGGCCCCUAAGAAAAUAAAUGAGAAUCACACAGUGAACAGAUUUUCUGAUGAUAUAUGUGUUUUGUUACCAGAAAAGGAAAUCUCCAUAUCAUGUCAGGAGGUUACGAGUGUACAGGCAGAAAAUGAUGCUGAAGCAUUAUUGUUGCUGGCUCCUGACAAAGUGCAGUUAUGCAUGGGUGAAAACACAGAAUGUCCCAUGGAUCUGGUUGAAAAUGGAGAUGAUACCUGCCACAUGGAUGUAGAAGAAUCAACAAAUGCUGAUGUCUUUAACACAAAGCUAUUAGAUCACCCUUACUGUAAGAGCCCUCCACAACAUCACUCAGCAGAAGGGGCACAGAAUUCGUCAGAAAAAGAGAGAGUGAAGAAUGGCCAGAAAAUCAUUAGCUCCGUUUCUGAUGAACGGCUGGCAUCAUGUCUUUGUGGCCUUCUAAAUGACAUUAUAAAGAAAUAUGGAAGCUUAAUUCCGUUAUCUGAAAGAGAUGUUCUUACCCGUUUAAAAGAGGUCUUUAACGAAGACUUCUCCAGCAGGACAUCCUUCAUUACAAAGGAAAUUAUGAAGUAUAGAGCCAAGCAUUCCAAAGCACCUGUGUGCAAUUUCCGUGUCUUCUAUAAUAAGCACAUGCUCGUUAUGGACGACCUUGCCACCCUGGAUGGACAUAAUUGGCUGAAUGAUCAGGUUAUUAAUAUGUAUGGUGAACUCAUAAUGGAUGCUGUACCUGAGAAGGUACAUUUCUUAAACAGCUUUUUUCAUAGACAACUGGUGACCAAAGGUUAUAAUGGGGUGAAGAGGUGGACUAAAAAGGUGGAUUUUUUUAAGAAGACCCUACUCUUAAUCCCUAUUCACCUAGAAGUCCACUGGUCCCUUAUUACUGUAAACAUUCCCAAUAAAAUAAUUUCAUUUUAUGAUUCCCAAGGCAUACAUUUUAAAUUCUGUGUGGAGAUGACCAUUUUGAAAUGUCUCAGGGUCUUAUGUGCUGUAAAAAUUGCUAAAGGUGCACUUACACUGUAA